UCCUCAUUCCGUCUGACUUGAUUGUGGUUGGGUUUUGGAGGAGAGCGAAUCGUCUCCUCAGCUCCUCGAAGGAAAAGUGAGCCGCCGACGGAAGCACCUGAACCUGCGUGUCCUAAUAAGACUGGAGCGUGUUUGAACACUAGUCACGGUCCAUAAUACAGCUUCAAAUAUAUUGAAAGCAGGCCUACUGUUAUUAUGUGGAUAAAAACAUGACUUGUUUAACCCGUUGGAUAACUGUAUUUCUUUCUGAACGGGAGCGAGCGUGCUCAGCUAGCUCGCGCGGCGUGGCUAAACUUCGUGCACUUAGCUUGUUUCAACUUUGUGGAAAUAUGUGACUGUGACGAAUGAGACUGGAACAUGGAGCAGUCGGCUACUCUCGACAUAGAGACGCUGAAGAUUACCCAGGAGCAGUUUAUGCUCGCAUCCCAGUCUGUGCAUCUCCAGCGACCAGGCUGUGAUGCCGUGUACCCAGUGGGACUGUAUGGCUGGAGAAAGAGAUGCCUCUACUUCUUUCUGCUGCUGCUACUGGUCACCAUGAUAGUUAACCUGGCCCUCACUGUCUGGAUCAUAAAGGUCAUGCAUUUCUCAGUGGAUGGAAUGGGAAACCUUCAGCUGAAGCAAGACGGGAUUCGUCUGGAGGGAAUCUCUGAGUUUCUCCUGCCUCUCUAUGUGAAUGAGAUCCAGUCCAGAAGGGACAGCUUGUUGGUCUUGGGGUCAAAAACGAAUGUAACACUGAACGCCAGAAACAGCCAAGGCCAGCUGACCGGUCAGCUCACACUGGGACCUGAUGCCGUGGAGGCCCAGUGCCAGAGGCUGGAGAUUCGAAGUAAAGAUGGAAGCAGACUGCUGUUCACUGCAAAUGAGGAGGAGGUCAUCAUGACAACAGAAAAGUUCACUGUCACAGGCUCGGAAGGCGCUGUGUUUGGACAUUCAGUAGAAACUCCCCUGAUCCAGGCGAGAGCUUCUGAAGACCUGAAGCUUGAGUCUCCAACACGGACCCUGACCAUGGAAGCUCCCAGAGGGGUGGAGGUCAACGCUCCCAAAGGGCCGCUAAAGGUCAGUGGUCGAAAGGAUCUACAGCUGGAGUCCACAGAAGGAGAGAUACUUUUAGAUGCCAACACUAUUCAGCUGGGUAGUCUCCCGCUGGGCAUCUACACAGUGUCACCCAGUCAGGCCUCCAAGGAGCAGGCUGUAUACGAGGUGUGUGUCUGCCCCAGUGGCAAGAUCUACCUCUCUCCUGCAGAGACCAGCUCCACUUGCCAGGCCAUGAGCAACAUCUGUCUCUGGAGCUGACCCGGUAGCAGCAUUGGUGAUGGAGGCCCCCUUUAACAUCUGCUCUGGAGCUGUUGAGUUUGAGAAUCCUCCGUUGGUACAUUUGACGGAUAGUGAAACUCACCUCAGCGGAGAUGGAUCUUGGACUCUGAUCUGAGUUCAGAUCAGUACAGAAGCAUCCGAGUCCGCUGUGUCCCUGUGAUGGUCUGUUGGACGUCAGAACCCCUGACAGUAUUUGAACAAUAGCAGCUCUCUGAAAUCCAUUUCCACUACCUUAUAUUAGUCAAAUGACACACCCUUUAUUUUUCUACUUGGUUUGACUUGCAGUGACUGUUUUCAACAUUCAGAAAGAAUACAUAAGAAAAGGUGAAACACAGUGGCCUUUAGCUUUGAAAGAACUUAUAUUGCAUCUAAAAAUGAACCUGUCUUUGCAAUCAUAGAGAAAUAGCUAAAGGUUUUUAAAGUUGUGAUGUUAGGAAGAAAAGUAAGCACAAUUCUAUCAUGUUUCCCCCUCAAAAUCCAGAUUGUUUUUAGUAAUUUCAUAGACAUUUUAGUUUUUUUCACAAUGUUAGCAGCUGUGUUAUUUGAAAUUAAACAUGUGUUUUUAUGUGCCCCAUAUUGUACUUAAUGAUUAACUGUGAUUAAGACCAGUUAAAACAGAUACACAUGCGGUUUUGAAUGUUCAGGUAAAGGUUCACAGGACUUCCUCACUUUAUAGGUAAUUAUUCUACCUUUUCUUGAUGAUGUUACUACAAAAUGAGAGAUGUUCUGUAGGGUAAGAAAACAAUCUCAGUUGUUUGAUUACUUUAAAGCACUUCCACUUUGAAUGAAUUUUAAAUUCUGGGAUUUAGAAACCGCAGUUGAGGUCUUACCACAUGUUCUAUUUAGUAGCUGUUCUAGAGCUUUAAUUUUAUUUUCAUAUGACCAUUACCAUGGCUAAGAAGUUAAUUAAAUUCACUAUUAAUACCGAUAAGGAUCACGUGUUGUGAUCAAAAGCUCUAGAACAGCUACUAAAUUGACCUUAUGGCAAAAGUUGUUUUUUUAAUAUUACUGUAUAAUUACAAAAUUAAUAUUAGUAUUAAAUUGCUAAAUUUGAAAAAAUAAAUUGUCAUUUUAUUACCUGCUAUUAACGCUCACUUCCCUAGGAGGCAGCGCUCCACUGUGGAGUUUGACUGGAGAGGCUGGCUGACCUUGGCACUGCAGCUGAGAAUGAAGCAGGCGGCCAUGUGUCAGCAGGCCUGCUGGUGUGAAAUGCCUCGCUCCACUCCACUUCCUCAUCCUCCAUCGUCGCCUUUUGGCAGAGACUGGCUAGUUUGGUAAGAGCCAUGAUGGCACUCUAACAAGAGCUUAGCUGCCCUGCCCGCUACCUGCUAUUAUCCUAAUAGUUGGCUGAAACAAAUACUGAAGUGAACUGAGUAGCUUGGUACCUUUUUGGGUUGUUUUUGUUUAACAAUUUGUGAGAUUAGGGUUGUGGCCAUUCUGGUGGUAUUUUUGAACAGAUAACAGACAUAUUUCUGAGCAUUUCUCCAACACGGGUGUGACAUAGAUUUUAUGAU